CCAGAUUCGGCGCUGCCGCUGCUGCUGCUGUCACAACAAGAAAAAGAGGAUAACAAGUUAUUAGUCAGCUGACAGAAGAAUAAUCCUCCCCAUAACGACUCCGAGCAGCCAACAUUUUAUUUCAAAAUGUCUGACAAAAGUGAGCUGAAAGCAGAGUUAGAGAGAAAGAAACAGCGACUGGCUCAGAUCAGAGAGGAGAAGAAGAAGAAAGAGGAAGAGCGCAAGAAGAAAGAGCUGGAUGGACGGAAGGAGGGAGCGUCUCCUCCGCAGGAUGACUCUGAUCUGGAGAGGAAGAGGAGGGAGGCAGAGGCUCUGCUGCAGAGCAUGGGGAUAGUGGAUGCCUCCAUGGUGCAACCUCUGCGUGUGGUAACAGAGGAUACGUGUCUGUUUCACUAUUUAGUCCCCCCUCCCAUGUCCCCCUCUGCCAAAUCAGUGGGCACACCCAGCGAAACGGGCAGCCAGGACUCAGGAGACGGCGGCACGGGGCCGAGGACUCUUCAUUGGGACUCUGACCCCUCUACUCUACUGCUCCAUUCAGACUCUCAGCUCGGACGUGGCCCGUUGAAACUGGGCAUGUCAAAGGUCACGCAGGUGGACUUCCCGCCCAGAGAGCUGGUGUCGUACACAAAAGAGACUCAGACGCCCACACAGACUCAUCACAAAGAUGAUGAGGAGGAGGAGGAAGAUUUGGCAGUGACGCAGCCUGCUCUGGAGAAUCAAGAUGAGAAAGACUCUCAGAAAGAGGAAGAGGAAGCGCCCCCUCAUGAGCUGACGGAGGAAGAGAAACAGCAGAUUCUUCACUCGGAGGAGUUUGUGACUUUCUUUGACCACAGCUCUCGUAUCGUGGAGCGCGCUCUCUCUGAGCAGGUGGACGUGUUUUUCGACUACAGCGGACGAGACCUUCAGGAUAAAGAGGGAGAGUCUCAGGCUGGAGCCAAACUCUCCCUGAACAGACAGUUUGCAGACGAGCGCUGGUCCAAACACAGGGUCGUCACCUGUCUCGACUGGUCACCGCAGUACCCUGAGCUGCUGGUGGCGUCCUACAGCAGUAAUGAAGACGCUCCACAUGAGCCCGACGGUGUGACUCUCGUCUGGAACAUGAAAUAUAAGAAAACCACACCGGAAUAUGUCUUCCACUGCCAGUCUGCAGUGAUGUCAGCAGCGUUUGCACAGUUUCAUCCUAAUAUGGUGGUAGGAGGCACGUACUCGGGGCAGAUCGUCCUGUGGGACAACCGCAGUAACAAACGCACCCCUGUGCAGAGGACGCCGCUCUCCGCCUCGGCUCACACGCACCCGGUGUACUGUGUGAAUGUGGUGGGGACGCAGAACGCUCACAAUCUCAUCAGCAUCUCCACUGACGGCAAGAUGUGCUCCUGGAGUCUGGACAUGCUGUCCACACCACAGGACAGUCUGGAGCUCGUGUUCAAACAGUCCAAGUCAGUGGCCGUCACCUCCAUGUCAUUUCCUCUGGGUGACGUCAAUAACUUUGUGGUGGGCAGUGAGGACGGGUCCGUCUACACCGCCUGCAGACACGGCAGUAAAGCGGGCAUCAGUGAGAUGUUUGAGGGUCAUCAUGGACCAAUCACAGGCCUCGACUGCCACACAGCGGCAGGACCGGUCGACUUCUCUCACCUGUUUGUCACUUCCUCUUUUGACUGGACCGUCAAACUCUGGAGUACCAAGAACAAUAAGCCCUUGUACUCUUUCGAGGAUAAUUCAGACUACGUGUAUGACGUCAUGUGGUCUCCCACACACCCCGCUCUGUUUGCCUGCGUGGACGGAGUCGGACAUUUGGACCUGUGGAACCUCAGCAACGAAACUGAGGUUCCCACAGCGAGUGUGACGGUGGAGGGAAGCCCUGCGCUGAACCGCGUGCGCUGGGCUCAUUCGGGACGAGAGGUGGCCGUCGGCGACUCUGAGGGCCAGGUGCACAUUUAUGACGUCGGAGAGCAAAUCUCAGUGCCGCGGCAGGACGAAUGGACGCGCUUUGUGCUCACGCUCACCGAGAUCAACGAGAACCGCGAGGACGUGGAGGAACUGGCCGCUCAGCGAUUGGCUGCAUGAUCACCAUAGCAACCCCUGCUGACCAAUGACGUUUCCCCUGCAUUUGCAUAUCUCCACCCUCUCUUUUUUAAUUCUAGAGACAAAUGGAUUAUUUCAGAAAGCAAGACUUUGCUAUUAAUAAUUGAAGCACUUAGUGUUGCGAAACAUUUUGGAGUAGUAAUCGUAGUGGGAUUGGAUGGUGAAAGUAGAAUAUAUCAGGCGGGAAUUCUAAUGUUUUUAUCUAUUUGUAGGAUUAGAGGCUGAUUUGGAGGAAAAGGAGGAUUGUUUGCCAUACAGCAACACUAACACUUCCAAUAUGCAAACUAUUGUACAGCAACUUCAGACACUGACAUAACCAACUACAGUAACAGGAGAAAUGUGCUUUUAAAGAGGUGGGAUAAUUUUAACAUUCCCUCCCGGAUAAACGGUCGCAUUAUUGGAUUAUUUAUAACUUUUUAACAAAUGCAUUUUGUUUUUAGCUCAUAAAGACUGAACACUUGUAAUAACCAAAUCAGCACACUUUUCAACAUGUAACUCCGUUCUUACUUCUGAAUGCCUUAAAGCUAAUUUUAUAACAAACACACACACACACACACGUAUCCACAAUCUUCCAUCACACAAAGGAUUACCCUCUUGGUGCUUGUUUAUUCCAGCGCUUAUGACUGAAAAUUCUUUUUUUUUUGCCUUCACUGUUUUAAAAAUGUCCCAUGAUUUGUCAUUUCAAAAGGACUUGGAGAAAAGCCAUGGUCCUUUAAUUAGCAUUUCUAUUCAAUUCAAGUUUAUUUGUAUAGUGCUUUUCACGAUGCAAAUCGUUGUAAAGCAGCUUUACAGAAAAUUAAAGUUUCUACAUUAUAUUUAGUAAUAGCUUAUUAGUGGUGACUAUCUCGUAUUUCAAACUUAAAACUUUCCUUUGGCACAUAUUUAAACUAGUAGACACUAGUAGACAGUGUUAUUAUUUUGCCAUUUAUUUGACUAAUACAUUUUUCCUUUAACGGUUAACCGUUAUGUAUUUUUACCAUUUUAAUCUGUAAUUUUACAUAUUUUAUUUGUAAUUUGAAUUUAGUGACCUCCCAGACAAUAAUGCGACUG